AUGCCCGAAUCUAAGAUGUUGCUCACCCCCGCCGUCGCAGGUGUCGCAGGCCUAGUCUACGUCACAUCCCGCAUCACAUCCCCCAAUCUCACAGCCUCUGCCUUUAAUUCCUGGUACAACAACAUUCACAUCCCUGAGAUUCUCAAAUCUAACACGACUUCUCUCGUCGUACGCUACAAAGUGAUUCCACAAAGCACCUCUUCGAUUCCACCAUGGCAUUAUCUAGCCCUGUAUAAGACAAGCGAUGUAGGUUCCAUCAGCAAUGCUGCGGCGCAGUAUCUAGAAGCAGGAAUGGUGGAGUUUCAUGUAGACUCCUGGGUACCUAUCCAGACUUUUGAGAGCUUGAGGGAGAAAAGAGGAGAUGUGCCGAAGGGAAGACCAAAAGUGCAGGUUCCCGUGAAGAUUGAACCUGCAACUGGAGAGGCAGGGACUCAGCAUGUGGAAGAGUGGUAUAGGAAACAGCAUCUCGAUAUGUUUUCUAUGACUCCCAACUACAGGCGCACUACACGGUAUACAUCGGCAGAUGGGUCGAUACCAAAGUACCUUGCCUUGCAUGAGCUAGACACAGAUUAUAUGGACCCGUAUCAAGGAGAUGUACUGAUGGGAACGGAGUGGGCAACAAUGGUUAUGAAGGAGUUACUGAUUUUUGAGCCCUCUAAAUGGGAGAUCAUUUAUGAAGCUGGGAAUGUGAGCGAGAAACUCUAG